UAUCAAAGGUGAAAAAACUCUGUAACUGUGAGACCUCAAACAGUCAAACUGUCUUCUUCUCAGAAGAGAAACUGCAGCCUUCUGUCACAGAACAUGCACUGGCAAAAAUCUGUGAAUUCAGAGCAACAGAAAAACAGCCCAGCCCGUCCAUACCUCGGAGUACGCGUGAAAGAACCAGUAAAAGAACUCCUGAAAAGGAAGAGAGGGAACUGCAGCAAUGGGAAUACCAUGACUCCCACUGUACCUUCAUCUUACCAGACAUAUCCAACCUGCACACCAAUUGUUUCAAAUCUUACAGAUUUGCCUUAUGUUGAUAUGGAUAUACCCACAACAGCAUUGCCUCUCCAUGAUGAAGGAGCCCUAUACACUGGCUGGAUCUCUCAGCCACCAUCUGCAGCUUUUCAACCAUUGACUCAAUGGACAACGUGUCCAGAAUACAUUUCGCAUGAAACUGUUAGUUGCCCAUACACAGGUGAUAUGUAUGUACAGCCAAUGUGCCAAGGUUAUACUGUGGUUGGACCUCCAUCAGUGCUGACUUACACCUCCCAACCUCUUCUAACAAACUUUGCAGCAAGAAGUGCAAAUCCAGGUGUUGCUACACAAAUUGAAUAUACAGAUCAUCAAGGGCCUCUCACUUAUAUUCCAUGGGCCCAACCAAUUGCAACACUGCCUGGAGCAACACAUACAAUUCCGUACCAGACAACUUCAACAACAUUUCAAGGAACCCAGUUUGUUCCCAUACCCAUUUCACUACCAGAGCCAGUGCAGCAAGAUCUUGAUGAUACAAGAAGAGUUACUAAUGAUUUGCCAAUGGAGAAACUACUGCAGGAAAAUGAAGAUAAUGAGUCAUAUGCCCUAAGUCAUGCCCUUUCAAUUGAAGGGCUCUAAAAAUAUGACAUACUCUCAUUUAAUAUAAUACGCAUGGCUUGAAACAAAUUGUAAUAUAUUAAUAAAUAUUAUUUUGCUA